GUGGAGAAGCCUCCAGGUACAGGCCCCAUGAGCUGCCCUCAGCCCAGGGAGCCACAGGAGCCCCCUGGGGACACCCCAGUCCCACAGUGACUCUUAAGAGCUAGGGGAAGGCAAGCAGUGGAGCAGCCACCUGGGCAGGGACCUGUCCAAGGCAGCCCUGCUGUACCCCCUAGCCCAGUUAAUUCCAGACUCCGUUCCUGGGAGAGCCUCUCACAGACCCCACAUACAGCUGCAUCCUGACACCACAGCUGCCACUCAGCAAAGGCCUCUGUCAGGCUCAGCCAAUGUCCUGGGGGCAGUGACAUUAUGGCCAGGCUGAGCACAGAUACCUGCCGUGCAGGACCCUGUGCGGGUAUCUCUGUGUCCCCCAUCCUGUCCUGCUGUUCCCCUGAUGCUGGUGGCUCCAUCCCUGACCCCUUCUCCUUGCUGCAGUGUGAUGGCAGCAGUACACUUCUCACUGCACACCGUGGCACCCAGCCCUGCCAUGCCAUCUCGCGCCAUGCUGUGGCACACUGUGUCACACUUUGCUGCCCACAGACCCUACUGCAAACCACAGGUGAGAGCUGCUCUGAGAUGUGCAAGGAUGUGUGUCCAUGGCAUGCCCUCCCCACCACCAAGAUCGAGACCUCCCUGUCCUGGCAGAGCUGAUGGGACAGGACCAUUCCCUGCCGCAUGUCCCCAUGGCCCAGCGGUGGGAGAGGCUGUCUUCCAGGGACAUCACCUUUCACAAAAUCACAGUUGUAGGUGCUGAGCACAGUUGGAAACAGCUGGAAGAGGGCAAUUUCAGCAACCUCAAACAUCUGGAAAAGCAAGAUGAGGACCUCCUUGUCCUUAUGGAACAAGUCCUUGGUAGGGACACUGUAGCAGGUCUCUGACACAGUGCCGGAUUUUUCCCCAGCCAGCUCCCAGCACCGAGCCAAGAGUGGGCUGCUCCUGGAAAGCAGGGCAGAUUAGGGCUGAUGCUCUACGGCACUGGCUGUCCAGCAUCAAGGGCAGGAGCAAGGAUGAGGGAGAGGUCUUCCAUGUGGCUUCCAAAAGGGAUUCAUUCUCUUGAAGGUGCCAGGGAUGAAAGACGAAAGAUACAGGGAUACAUGUCUCCAUCAUGAAGAUGUCAUCCCAGUUGAAGGGCAGGGUGCCCGUUUUCCAGAGGGAGGUGGAGGUGGAGCAGCCAGCAUGGAUGGGUUGGUGGUACUGCAAUGUUCCCAUGGACACAGUAGCAGCUAAGAAGCAGGAGCACCUCUGAAGGAAAUGUGGCCCAAGAAUAAAACCAUGCUGGAGAAGGCACACCUUGAAGCAUCUGUGGCUGUGCUGGAGGUCAUGUUGGAACACCUCAAAGUGUGUGGCCAUGCAUAAACCCCCAGCAGAACAGACACACCCCAGGAGGCACUUCAGCCGUGCAGAAGACCAAACUAGAGCAGGAAAACACAGAUGCUCCUGGUAAAAUUCAAACCCACUCUGAAGACCAAAGGACUGGCAGCUGAGAAUCCAAGAGCCCCACCAAACAUGCUCCCAACCAUUUGAGCUGGCCCAUGGCUGGGAUGGAAACUUGCUCCAUUGUCAUAGUAGGUAAAGCCAUGUGAUCUAAAUCAUUCAGGAUAAGGAGAAGACGCUUGGCAGCUUGGUACCUACUAAUGAAGCCAAUAGUCUACCCUGCGUUCUCCAUUUUUCUGGCUCUCAUUUUGGCCAGAUUCCUUGGCAUCACAUCAGUUUUUCUGAGAAAUCAGAAGAACCACGUGCUAAUUUUGACUGAGGAAAACACAAUUCACAACUGCAGCUGUUCUGUGGCUAUCCAUGACUGUGAUUACUGCCUGGCAAACUUGAUGUGCAACUGCAAAACAGUGCUGCCUCCUACCAUGGAAAAAACUACCUACAACAGCCACCUGAGCAUCUGGUUCACAGACACCUCUGUGCUGGGGAUAGUCCUCAACUUCACAAGGGUGUGGGAUUUGAAGUGGACCUUCUGUGGUACCACUCCUCUCCCAACAGAAUAUUUGGCCAUUUGGGGACUUCAAAAGCUCCAGGUAAACAAGGUCAAGGGACAAUUUCCAGACCAGAGCAUAACCAUCUCCAGCAGCAGCAAUAAUGACAAAGAAGACUUGCUUGAGGCACACAACAAAGACAGGCAAAUGCUUGCACGUAUUUCUUUUCUGGAUACCUCAGUUUUCAAUGGAUAUUCAUUGCUGAAGUCAUACAGUGUGGAAAAUGUCUCUAGUAUCAUAAAGCACUUUCCCAGCCUGCUGUACUUAGAUGUUUUCUCAACCUCAGACAAUGAGAGCUAUGUUGUAACAUUCAUUUAUGGAGUAAUUUAAUGCAGUCAGUAGUAAGAGGCAUGGGAGGCUGCAAAGAGUGAUGGGAUGCUUUUAAGUCUGUCCUGGUUUGUCUAGGAGGAUGCACAAGGGGACUGUGAGAGAACUCUACAAAGAGGUGUUUGAUGUAAGAGAUUCAUCAGAUUAAUUCAGCAAACACUUUCUUAAAGAACAAAGUAAAUGUGAAACAACUGUUUUCCAAAGCACUGUUAGAAUUUUUUUGUUUAUAUAUUCUAAGUUGAGAAUUGAAAUCUGCAGAUAAAUUUUGUUUUAAGGUUGUGUCUCGGACAGAAAAGGCAUAAUCAUGUAGUUCCCACUGCAGAAGAAUCCAAGACCCCCAGAGAACCACUCAGGUUAGAUUGCAGCUCAGCAGGUAGAUUCAUGGUUGUUUUACGAGGUGCAAUCUACUCCCAUUAUGCUCAGCGAUUUAGGAAACAGGUAUGGGACUUCCCUCUGUGAAGCAGGUACUUCCCUGCAUCUGUCCUUUCUUCCUUAUUUCACACAUAAUCUUUAUUUCCAGAUCACAGAAUACUCUGGGUUGGAAGGGACCCACAAGGACCAGCAAGUCUAACCCUUAAGUGAAUGGCCCAUACUCUCCACUGGACCACUUCAGCUGAUCCAUAUUUUUCCAGGGAGAGGCUGCCACCUGCAUGACGGAUGUGCUGACACCUCCAAUUCCCUAAAUGCAGGGAGCUUCAACUUUUGUGAUAAUGGCAAACUGGUCAUGUUCUCCCAUAAGAGAGAGUAGAAAUACCCCAUACAAUGAGUCUCAUCUGACAAGGGAGGCGAGGUUUCAGGCAGACAAUUUUCAGAUGUGUUGCAUGAGAAAGGUUGUCAUCCCCUGAAAAACAUAUACCAGGACUGUUAAAAUAGCUCAAAGUCUGCUCCUUGCCUGUGUCUGCAGGUUUUGAAUUCUGUGAGAUACAACUAAGGCUGUAUCCAUCCAUAUAGUACAAUAAAGGCUUUGAAAUAGCAAGUUGUAAGAGCUUUGCAUUCCCAGCAAUGGAUUACAUGAAACUGAGACAAAACACAAGAAAACUUCAGCCCAGAGAAGCUGUGGCUGCUCCGUCCCUGGAAGUGUCCAAGGCCAGGGGGGAUGGAGCUUGAAGCAACAUGGUUUGUGGAAGGUGUCCCUGCCUAUGGCAGGGGGGAUUGAACUGGGUGGUCUUGAAGGGCCCUUCCAACCUAAACCAAUCUGAGAUUCCACGAUUCUCUGUGCACUUAGGGGAAUGGCUAUCAAGGUUCUGAGGAACCAGUGAAGCUGCUGCAAUUUUAAAGAAAGGUUAUUUCUAUUUUAAAUAAUUAUAUUGAUAUAACUGUAAUCAGUGACGGAGCAGUUUUGCUAGGAAGCAAAACUUAAUUUUUCAGAAGACUUAAAUACAUGUCCACCCCACAUUACUUUGAACCUGUGAGCUUUCCCUCUGAAAUCAACAAUGUGCUAACGAUGGAAUUAAUGGGAUCUAUUUGCAAUUGCAAAUAGAUUUAAGCACAGUGGUGUUUGCAAGCUGGUUACUGAACUCCAUUUAACUCAGCCAGAGAACAAUUGAACCAGCUGUUAUAAAGAUGUAGUUUCCUUUGUCAGCACCUUGGCAACAAACCAUAAGACUUUUUCUCCAAAUUACAAAUACUUCUAGUGAUACCUCUCAUGACUGUCUAUUACAGACAUAAUUCAUGCCAUCUACCCAGGAACUGCCUUCUCCAGCUGUAUCUGCAAGGGAACUAACCUUGCCUUCACAAACUUGAAGGCAGUACACACACACAAAUAUAUUGAUUUCUAAAUGUUACCAAGGCUUUCUCCAAAAUCUGGAAAAAUGAAACCUAGAUGAUCUUCGGCAAAGAACUGCUGCUCUCUGGAAAAAAAUGUGCUGAAGUCACGGUAAUUCCCCAUUACCAUGACUGUGAUGUCCAAAAAUUCACACAUGCAGCAGUAGCUGAGGAUGUAUGUAUUCUGGCCUUGGGAAGAAACAAGGUUAAUAGUCCAUGGGCUUUCUAAAUUAAAAUUAAAUUGCCAGUUACUUUUGCCACUGUAGUGCUCUGAAUAAGGCUGGUGCAAAAGACCUUUUAUUCCAGUUCCCAAGCAACCACUGCAGGAUUUUUUUUUUUCUGGAAAGAGCAAAAGAUCCUCAAUUACAAAAGCCCACAGCUCCGAUAUUAUGGAGAUCUUCCCAAAGGCCCUAUUCUGCCCCAAUGGAUACCAAGAACCUGAUCAUCCCAAUUCUAUUUUAUAUGGCUUUGCCCUAUGCAAGUACUGCAUUAGAAGGUCGCAGUGUUUUUCCACAGCAAUGUCUCUAAAAUACGUGUAUGU